AUGCAAUGAAUGUGUUGAAGGAAGCGAACCCCAGCAGAGUGUGGCCGCCCCCACAGAUUUCUUUGACUCAUGUCUGCCCAUCACCCUCAUUUCCUUAACUUGGGUCCCAUUAAUCACCACACCAUAUCUUGCAAGUGGCUAAUGCCAAUGCACCAUUCCUAUAUAACUAACCACAUUCCUCACACCAUUUCCGUCAAUACACAAACAAAUAUGACUUCCUCAUUCUGUUCCCUUCCUUUCAACGAAAACGACUCUCAAGAAAUGCUCCUUUACCAACUCCUCGCUCAGCCUGCUGCACCUUCCUCCCACUCAAUAACAUCAUCGUUAUCUUCGUUGUCUCAUGGUUCAAGUGUCGCCGAAGCAGAGGUUUCGGUUUCGUACAGAGGGGUUCGGAGGAGGCCGUGGGGGAAGUACGCGGCGGAGAUAAGGGACUCCACCAGGAACGGAGUCAGGGUUUGGUUGGGAACCUUCGACACUGCCGAGGCUGCUGCUCUGGCUUACGACCAGGCUGCGUUGGCCAUGCGAGGCUCCAUGGCGGUGCUCAACUUCCCGGCUGAGAUGGUUUGGCAAUCGCUUCGGAAAAUGGAGUAUGGUUUUGACCAAGGGUGUUCCCCUGUUCUGGAGUUGAAAAAGAGACACUCCAUUAAUAGAAAAUGUGAGAGGAACAAGCUCAAGAAUAAGGUGCAGGAAGAAGAAGAAGAAAGGGUUUCCCAAAAUGUGAUGGUGUUGGAGGACUUAGGAGCAGAGUAUUUGGAACAUCUUCUUAGUGUCUCGCAGGAUAUGAUAUGAAUGUUUCUUACUCAAACCUUCUCUUUCCAGUGUCAUGAGUUGCUCUCAUAC